AUGCAUCAGUCGAAAUGGGCGGAGACGGGCAGAGGGCCGGGAGCGCCGAGACGAGACUUCAACGGGCAGAGUCAACUCGGAUUCACAACUCCCAAUCCCGGACAAGGAGACCAGAACGGUUAUCUAGGCAACAUGACUGUCUGCAGCUUCUAUCCGCGGAACGCAUGCAAGUUCGGAGAUGCCUGCAAAUUCGAGCACCCUGGAAGUGCGCGAGAUGCAGCCCGAGGCGGAGGCGGCUUUGGCGGAGGCUCCAACAACAACCGCUUUAGUGCUUUCAAUGGCGACCGCUACCGUCCGAGUGACAACAGCGGAACUACCUCAUUUGGAGGCAGCCGCGACUCAAAAGCGUCGAAUUUCAACUUAGACAAAGACGCCAUCCAAGCUGAUCUUAGUAAGGAGCGUCCAACCUACCCGCUUUCAUGUUACGGCCCAGGGAAAGAUGCUCCGCGUCAGCUUAUUGAAGGGCCUGUCGAGAUCAGUCCCGAGGAGCUUCGCUUCCGGUACUAUACGCUACGAGCGGCCGGCAACGAACCCACAGCACAACAAGAAGAGGGUGCGCUCAACGAAAAGAUGCAACAGCAGGUAAAAGCAAUCUUGGAUGACGUUACAGGGGCUAUCAACUAUGUCCAGGCAGGUGCCGACGUUCAUCCGAAUCGCAUAGAUAUUGCCAAGGGCACUGCUUCAGCAAGCGGAUCGAUGAGCAACACGACUGGAUCGUCUAACACUGCAGCAAACCCUUUCAUGAAAGCACCGUCCAACCCAUUCCAGGCGGCGGCAGCGUCCUCACAGCCUUCUGCAUUUGGACAGGCAUCAACACCAGGAUUUGGGAAGCCUGCCUUCGGUCAACCUUCCAACCCAGCACAAACUACCUCCGCAUUUGGGCAGCCAUCAAAUCCGGGUCAGACUACUUCAGCAUUCGGUCAGCCCUCAAAUCCGGGUCAAACUACCUCAGCCUUCGGGCAGGCGUCGAAUCCGGGUCAGACUACUUCGGCCUUUGGACAGGCAUCAAAUCCAGGCCAGACUACUUCAGCGUUUGGGCAGGCAUCAAACCCAGGUCAGUCAGCUUCGCCCUUCGGGCAGGCUUCUGCUUUGGGUCAGAAACCAUCACCCUUUGGCCAGCCUUCAGCGCUGGGUGGUGCUGGUAGUGCAUUUGGAAAGCCUGCAUUUGGAGCCUCCGGUUUUGGUCAGCCGUCGAUGCCUGGCGCAGGGAGCGCGUUCGGACAGACCAGCAAUAUCGGCCAAGGCUCGGCCUUUGGCCAGCCUUCGGCACCACGUGCGGCGUCUGGAUUUGGACAGGCGAACGCUCUAGGACAAAAGCCAAACCCAUUCAGUAAACCAGGAUUCGGUCAAAGUGGGUUUGGUCAAACGUCUCAGCCAGGCGCCAAUGCCUCCCCUUUCGCCCAACAAGCAUCGUCUGGGGCGUCGCCGUUUGGACAGCAAGCAUCGUCAGGUCCAUCUCCUUUCGGCCAACAAGCGCAGCAGACAAGUCAAUCUUCGCCAUUCGGUCAACCAGCUCAGCAAACAGCCCAGCCUUCACCGUUUGGUCAACAAGGCCAACAAGCACAAAAGCCAAAUUCAUUUGGUCAGCCUCAGCAAGCAACCACACAAGCACCUGCACAAGCAAACCCCUUCGGUGGUGCCGCAUCAUCCCAAACCCCAGCGUUCGGCCAGGCAAGCAAGCCCUCACCUUUCGUCACCCAACAGCCGCAAAACAACGCGACGCAGCCAGCAGCUGCUAAUCCCUUCCUUAAGCCCCAGACAUCCGCCGCUCCAGCAACUUCCACAUCCUCUCCCUUUGCCACUCAAGCCCAGAAUCAAUCUAGCAACGUCCCCACUCCUGCUCAAGCUACCUCUCAGCUACCUUCGAUCGCGCAGCCUACCUCGGCAGCACGUCCCCAUGUCGAAGGUGUCACACCAGAUGGCAAGCCCAUUGACCCGAAGGAUCGUUACAAGGAGGGUAAACCGGAGGAGUAUGACGGUGAGCAGGGUAGGAUUCUAGAGGAGAUCUACAAGCGCGUGUCGCAACUAGGACGGUUCAAUGACGAUGAAGAUAUUCCAGUCACGCCUCCAAAGUGUGAAUGGAUCGCGCCACUUACUCUGUUGUAA